GUUUUGUUUUAGUUUUUUGCUUUUUUUUUCCCAUGAUUGUUUCCCUUUGGUCAGGGUUUUGUUUUCUCUUUCCUCUCUAAAGAUUCCUUGUCGCACCAAUUUCCGGAAAAGCGGAGGGGGGAAAGACUUGCAAGGAUACCGAUUGUGAUUGAUUGUCAAAGAAGCAAACGGGGCAUUAUUAUCAUCAACAAUGCCACCAGAUUUCGCCCCCUUAAGUACACGCACCUGGCUCUCUACCCCAGACAAACCUCACCCGGGUCAAUUGAUUAUUAUUUGCACCUGGUUGGGGGCCUCCCCAAAGCAUAUCAGCAAGUACACGGAGUUGCAUCGAUCCAUUGCCCCGGCUGCCCGGAUUCUUCUCAUUGAAUCGGAGGUUUCGAUCCUGGUAAGCAGCUACGCCCGCCAGCGUCGACUAAUCCGACCGGCGGUCGAGGUCGUGCUGGACACGCUCGCAGAGACCGACCGUGGGCAUGGAAUGUCAUCACCCAACAUGUCCCAGAUCCUACUGCACACCUUUUCGAAUGGAGGGACCAACACUGCGACCCAGCUGUUGAUUACGCUGCGUGAGCUCGUCUCCCGACCACUUCCCUUAGUCGGGCUGGUGCUCGACAGCACUCCCGCCAAGGGGACGUACUGGAAGUCUUACAAUGCGAUGGUCUUCUCGCUGCCCCCAGGGUCUCGUAUGCUGGGGUCCGUAGUUGUUCACUGUCUUCUGAUCCUGCUCUACACCUGGAUCGCAUACGGCAACGAGAACCCGGCCAGUCUCAUGCGACGGACGCUCUUGGACGAGAAGACCGUCAUCAAACAAGCGGCGCUGCCGGAAGGAGACGAAAACGACUGCUCUUCUUCUUCUUCUUCUUCUUCUUCUGCUGCUGCUGCUGCUUCCUCCCCCUCCUCCUCCGAUGGAGCGACGGCGGGCAACGUAUACUAUAUGUACUCGAAGGCAGAUCGUAUGACACACUGGACAGAUGUCUGGGACCAUGCGCAGGAAGCCCAGAAGAAGGGCUGGAGGGUCAAGCAGGUCCUGUUCGAGGGUACCGGUCAUUGUGCGCACAUGCCUUCGGAUCCGACCCGGUAUGCAAAGAUAGUUGAGCAAGCUUGGACAGCAGGGCUCAACAAACCGGAGCCAAAGCUGUAGUUUGACUCCCUCCCCUAUUCUGAAAACUUGCGAUAGCAUAUUUAUCAGUAGAAUGAUUGGAAUUGAGUUACAUAAGUGUCAUGGCUGUCAGUCCAUGGAGAUGUUGACUAUCAUUGUUUACACACAUAGAUAAUAUGGAAUUCUGCGUGGAUCAAUGG